AUGAACAAGUUCCUGCUCAUAUUGCUGCUCCUGGGAUUUUUCUCUCUUGUGAUCUUUCAAGGUGUGGAUGAGGUCCUGGCUGCUCAAGCUGUCAUGUGUAUGGUCUGCGAGAAUUUUAAAAGAGGCAAUUGUUUGACAGGCAAAGGCAACUGCACUGUUGAGUAUGGAUUUGGAUGCAGAACCAGGAAUUUCUUCCUUUUCAAUCAGAGAAAUAAAUGGGUACACAAUCACACUGAGUUGGACUGCUACUCCCAUUGUUCACCUAAUCAUAUGUACCUUGGGCACCUGAAGAUAUCUAGCCAGUGCUGUAAAGAUAAAGAUUUCUGUAACAAAUAUCAAGGAAUAUUACCGAAGACAAGACUCAACUAA